AUGGACGGUGCAAAGACUAUCAUCCUAUCCAACGGUUUACUGCCAACGGUCAACGUAGAGUACACGGCUGCAAUGGCCUCCAUCGACACUCUCUCAACACCACCAUCACGGCAUGACCUUGAGGAACGGCAUGAGGACAACGAGACAAGGUUCCUCAACUUCGAGAAGCCUGGACCUGGGACACUACCCUUCUGUCUCGUCCUCAACAUGUUGGUCACGGUAUCAUGGUACUACCUCAACGUCGACGUCCCCGUCUCCGAAAAAGUAACACCUGCCUUGGUGUGUCGCUACAUGUACGACGGCCUUGUCCUACUGCCUAUGGGCUUGUUCUCGCUUUUCGAAUGUCUGUAUGCGUUUGGCACGUUGUUGUGCCUAAGGCGAGACGACCGCGCACUGUGUGUCGCCAGAGUGGCGCUAGGAGGUAUGCUCGGCGCCUCGGUGGUUGUCAAGUAUGGACUCGGGGAGGGCAUCUUUGAUGGCGGUGCUUGGAUGCAAUUGUGCUUCUGGGCAGCAACUGGAAUCUUGCCCGGAGCUGGAGCUGUGGCUCUGGUUGGGUAUUGCUGGGACUGCUUGUAUUGGGGUUGGGACAGUGUGGAGGAGCGGAUGGUAGAUGAGAAGAAGCCGCUGCUGGAGAAGGAAGAUGUUUGA